ACUCGCAGGCCCCAGUGGUCCUAGUGGGCCUCCCCCGGGGCGCGUCCUAGCUUCCCUCCCCAACCCUCUUGCAAAAGAGCAGGACCUCCAAGGAGCGCAAGUCCUGCCUGCAGUUCGCCGAUUCUCCCACCAGGGGCCGCUGCGCAUGGGCGACAAAGAGCGCGGGUUCCUAAGCCGCAGAGAGGCGGAAGCCGAUUGGUAGUCAGACGCGGCGGGAAGGCGGGGCCUGGGAACUGGCCGGGAGUUGGGGGGCUGGGAGCUCGUCCCCGGGCCGAGGCGGGCCGGGCUGUUGUCGCCUCAGGUGGCUCCUGGGAGGCUACCGUUGUGUCCCGGGAGUCUGUUCAGACCGGCUCUAGAGCUGAGGCGAGUGGAGCAGCACCACGGCCUGGAGAUCGGGGCAGGGCGGCUGCUAUCGCUGCCGCCGCCGCCGCAGGCCUGAGUUACCUGAGCAACUGAGGGUCAGGGACCCGCCGGCCGGCGGUUGGCGCGGGAGACUCUGGAGGGUGAAAGGGAGGCUGGGACUUGGUCCUUGGAGCGGGAGGGGGGUCCUGGCAACGACUAGUGCGAGCCCAGGGUCCGAGAGAACCCACCGGGGGCUGGGGACUCCAGGGGGCCGUCACCACCAGUUAUUCCGGCAUCCAGCCGGGGGUUGGGGCGGGCCCGAGCUUCGCUGGGGGCCGGGCGGCGCGGGGCGGGCCCGCGGGAAAGCACGCCCCCGCCCGCCCCGGGCCCGCCCCGUGCUGCCCGCCCGCCUGCCUGGGAGCCGCUGUCCUGGGCCUGGCCCGUGCGCGUCCGCCUGCUGGACCUGGGCACCGCCAGCCUCCUGGGCACGGGACUGGGCGGGGGCGCUGACCUCGGCCUAGGAGGCCCAGUAUCCCGGAGCCGCCCGCGCCCGCGGGACCCUGCGGGUCGCACUCCCUCCCCAGCUUCUGGGGCUCGCCUCCCUUCGGCAGGGCAAGGUCAGGUGCCCCCUUCUCGCCUCGCUUCUCUUCUCUAUCCUCCUCCACCAACUCCUGUGCCCGCGGAGACCCCGGCCGUCCCUUCACGCAGGGGUGUAGCGGGCUGCGGAGCUGACAGCGUCCCCGCAGCCACCUUGCCCAAACUGUCCGGAAGCGGCACGAGCUCAGGCCGCCCGCAGCCCCUGCGGACCCACUAUUGAACCUGAGGAACCAGCCCUCCUCCCGCACUCAAACUUGGAGCACUUGACCUUUGGCUGCUGGAGGGGGCCGGCCCGCGGGUAGACAGCUGCGGAGCGGCGAGGGUGCCUUGCCUGGAGACGUCGGCUGCACUCCCGGGCUCCUGACUUUGCCUCUGGGAUCCCAAGGUGUCCACAUCAGACGCAUGUUGACUGAGACCUAGAGUCAUGGAUAUAUGCUCCCGUCUUGCCCUGUGGCUCCUCUGGGGACUCCUCCUGCACCAGGGCCAGAGCCUCAGCCAUAGUCACAGCGAGAAGGCGACAGGAACCAGCUCGGGGGCCAACUCUGAGGAGUCCACUGCAGCAGAGAUGGGGUUUUGCCACACUGCCCAGGCUGGCCUCAAAAUCGUGAACUCAAGCAAUCUUCCCACCUUGGCCUCCCAAAGUGCUGGGAUUACAGAGUUUUGCCGAAUUGACAAGCCCCUCUGUCACAGUGAGGAUGAGAAACUCAGCUUCGAGGCAGUCCGUAACAUCCACAAGCUGAUGGAUGAUGAUGCCAAUGGUGAUGUGGAUGUGGAAGAAAGUGAUGAGUUCCUGAGGGAAGACCUUAAUUACCAUGACCCAACAGUGAAACACAGCACCUUCCAUGGUGAGGAUAAGCUCAUCAGCGUGGAGGACCUGUGGAAGGCAUGGAAGUCAUCAGAAGUAUACAAUUGGACCGUGGAUGAAGUGGUACAGUGGCUGAUCACAUAUGUGGAGCUGCCUCAGUAUGAGGAGACCUUCCGGAAGCUGCAGCUCAGUGGCCAUGCCAUGCCAAGGCUAGCUGUCACCAAUACCACCAUGACAGGAACUGUGCUGAAGAUGACAGACCGGAGCCAUCGGCAGAAGCUGCAGCUGAAGGCCCUGGAUACAGUGCUCUUUGGGCCUCCUCUCUUGACCCGCCAUAAUCACCUCAAGGACUUUAUGCUGGUGGUGUCUAUCGUUAUUGGUGUGGGCGGCUGCUGGUUUGCCUAUAUCCAGAACCGCUACUCCAAGGAGCACAUGAAGAAGAUGAUGAAAGACUUGGAGGGGUUACACCGAGCUGAGCAGAGUCUGCAUGACCUUCAGGAAAGGCUGCACAAGGCCCAGGAGGAGCACCGCACAGUGGAGGUGGAGAAGGUCCAUCUGGAGAAGAAGCUGCGCGAUGAGAUCAACCUUGCUAAGCAGGAAGCCCAGCGGCUGAAGGAGUUACGGGAGGGUACUGAGAAUGAGCGGAGCCGCCAAAAAUAUGCUGAGGAGGAGUUGGAGCAGGUUCGGGAGGCCUUGAGGAAAGCAGAGAAGGAGCUAGAAUCACACAGCUCCUGGUAUGCUCCAGAGGCCCUUCAGAAGUGGCUGCAGCUGACCCAUGAGGUGGAGGUGCAAUAUUACAACAUCAAGAAGCAAAAUGCUGAGAAGCAGCUGCUGGUGGCCAAGGAGGGGGCUGAGAAGAUAAAAAAGAAGAGAAACACACUCUUUGGCACCUUCCACGUGGCCCACAGCUCUUCCCUGGAUGAUGUAGAUCAUAAAAUUCUAACAGCUAAGCAAGCACUGAGUGAGGUGACAGCAGCAUUGCGGGAGCGCCUGCACCGCUGGCAACAGAUCGAGAUCCUCUGUGGCUUCCAGAUUGUCAAUAACCCGGGCAUCCACUCACUGGUGGCUGCCCUCAACAUAGACCCCAGCUGGAUGGGCAGUACACGCCCCAACCCUGCCCACUUCAUCAUGACUGACGACGUGGAUGACAUGGAUGAGGAGAUUGUGUCUCCCUUGUCCAUGCAGUCCCCCAGCCUGCAGAGCAGUGUUCGGCAGCGCCUGACGGAGCCACAGCAUGGCCUGGGAUCUCAGAGGUUGGUAGAGGGCGAGGCUGGCCACUUCUUGACAAGCCGGGUGUCUCUGCGGCGAAUGCGCAGCCUUUCAUCUGGACAGUCUUUCAGUUCUGAAGGCUACGGGACCAGCUCUCCAUCUGCCUCUGCUGCUUCUUCUUGCUCCUCUUCUACCACCACCAUCACCACUACCACCACCACCACCACCACCAUCACCACCGUCCAUGUCCACCCUGUUUAUUACCACCACAGCACUUCCUAUUUCCUCCAGACGGAGCCAUACCCUGACACACCCCCUUCUGACAGCACCGCUGUGAUGCCUGGGCAUUCAGAGAGCUUGGGGGAUUUGACCCAUUCCGAUUCGGAGUCCUCCCUCCACAUGAGUGACCGCCAGCGUGUGGCCCCCAAACCUCCUCAGAUGAGCCGUGCUGCAGAUGAGGCUCUCAAUGCCAUGACUUCCAAUGGCAGCCACCGGCUGAUCGAGGGGGUCCACCCAGGGUCUCUAGUGGAGAAACUGCCUGACAGCCCUGCCCUGGCCAAGAAGGCAUUACUGGCGCUGAACCAUGGGCUGGACAAGGCCCACAGCCUGAUGGAGCUGAGCCCCUCAGCCCCUCCUGGUAGCUCUCCACAUUUGGAUUCUUCCCGUUCUCACAGCCCCAGUUCCCCAGACCCAGACACGCCAUCUCCAAUUGGGGACAGCCGAGCCCUGCAAGCCAGCCGAAACACACGCAUUCCCCACCUGGCUGGCAAGAAGGUUGUGGCUGAGGAGGAUAAUGGCUCUAUUGGUGAGGAGACAGACUCCAGCCCAGGCCGGAAGAAGUUUCCCCUCAAAAUCUUUAAGAAGCCUCUUAAGAAGUAGGCAGGAUGGGGGUGGCAGUAAUGGGACAGCUUGUCCUUCCCUGGGUCUUCUGCCUCUCCUUCCCUCCCUUCCUUCAAGAUAACUGGCCCCAAGAGUGGGCCAUAGGAAGGGCUGGUCCAGGGGUCUGGGCACUGUACAUACCUGCCCCCUCAUCUUUGGGUCCUUUAUUAUUAUUUAUUAACUGACCACCAUGGCCUGCCUGCCCUGCCUCCCUCCCAACCAUGGGCUGCUGCUGUCACUCCCUCUCCGCUUCAGUGCAUGUCUUAUUUGCUGUCCCCUCAGCUCCCAGCUCCACCUCUGGGGUCCAGCUUCUGUCUCUGCUGUCCCAGUUUUAAGGUUUGGUUUCUUGUUUCUGUCUCUUGCUUUCAGAGCCCUCCCUCCCACCACUUCCCAACUUUCCCUAGCAGUUGCAGGGAAGAUAGGAGGAGUAACUUCUGACUUGUGUGCCUCAGAUCUGUUCCACCCCACUCACAGUGGUUCUUUUUGCUCCAGACUGGGGCUAGGGCCUAACCUUUGGGGUUUGUUCUUUGAUAUUGUUGGGGGUCAGAAGGAGCCUCAUCCUAGAUUUCACUCAGGCCUCCAGGGGUCCAUGGGAGAGUGAAACCAAUUCUCAGAGAACAACCUACCAGAGACAUUUAAAGAGGCUAGGCUUGGGGAUGGGUUAGAAGAGGCCUCUCUUCAUUGGAGCAUGUGUGGAUGCCAGAACUGUGGGUUAUAAGGCAGUCACUUUUUCUCUCUUCUCCCACCCACACCUGCCUCCCUCUUACCCCUGCUCCCCCACACUGCAGGAGGGUUUGUCUCUAAGAGGUGCUGCCCCAAAGCUCCCCAAGCAUCAAUACUCCUGGGGCUCAGGACAAGUGGCUCCCCUGGCUAGGGGAGCCACAGCCAUGAUACAGGGCUCUUAUGGAGCCCUGGAGUUGUUGGACAAAGAUGCUGUCAUAUUUUUGAACCAAAAGACAAACAGGUUUAAAGUAAAAAAGAAAUCUGAAUUUCCCAAGUGCCUACACUGCAUACUUCCCUCGUCAGAUCCCAUUUUCAUGUUACUUUGUAGCCUUGGCCAGAGGCUCAAAAAGACACAACCAGUUUGGGGAAGGAGUGGCUAAGGAAGAUGGUAUAGGUGAAGGUGGCUGUGUGACCACUUCCCCCACCCUUCCCACCCUCUAGACACUCUCUCCCUUACCUGUUUUUGCUAUGGCUGUAAAUGUAUUUUCCCUCUGCCCCACUCCCUGUCAUGCCUUUAUCCUGGGAUCCUAUUUUGGGCCUGGGGUGGGUGCACCUGGGGCUGGUCUUAGGAGGGUGCUAGGCUGCAGACUGCCUCGUACUCCCUGGACACCCUCAAAUGGGGUUUUCUGUAUUAUUUCAUAAGAAUCUUUGGAGUCCAAUAAAGCAUGUAGGAGAUUUUAA